GCCUCCACCGCAGAAGUUCAAGGAAACGACACUGCCACCAGUCACUGCGCCACCUACAGCCCAAAUUUAUUAAAAAAGAUCUGCUUCAUUUGGUUGGAUAUAUAAGACACCUCUCAUUUGUUGGGUUUCAGUGAAUUACUAAAAAAUAGGAUCAAACAUGAAUUUCAAGAACUUCAGUGAUAUGCCGCCAGAAGGAAAUGGUGGUAAGCCACUGGGAAAUUUCUCCUUGACCCGGCAGCCUUCCAUAUACUCCUUGACCAUUGAUGAGUUCCAAAACUCCUUGGGUGGAGUUGGGAAGGAUUUUGGAUCAAUGAACAUGGAUGAACUUUUGAAGAACAUUUGGACAGCUGAAGAGACUCAGAAUAUGACAUCCUCCGCUGGUGGAGAAGGGAGUGUCCCUGGUGGGAAUUUGCAACGGCAGGGUUCUUUGACAUUGCCUCGGACAAUUAGUCAGAAAACUGUUGAUGAAGUUUGGAAGGACUUGCUUAAAGAAAAUAGUGCAUUGAAAGAAGGUAGUAUUGGGGGGCCACCAAACUUGCAGCAGAGGCAACCUACUUUAGGAGAGAUGACUUUGGAAGAGUUUUUGGUGAGAGUAGGGGUAGUAAGAGAAGAUGCUCAACCAAAUGUUAGGCCAAAUAAUAGUGGAUUUUACGGUUUAUCAUCACAGCCCAAUCAUGCUGGGUUAGGGCUUGGGUUUCAGCAAUCAGAUCGAAAUAAUGGUGCUUUAACUAAUCGGAUCACAGAGAGUAAUUAUUUAGUUCCUAAUCAACCUCCUAGUCUAGCUUUGAAUAUGAGUGGAGCUAGAUCUUCUCAGCAACAGCAGCAGGAUCAUCAUCAACAACAGCAGCAGCAGCAGCCACUCUUUCCCAAGCAAGCGACUGUGGCUUUUUCCUCUCCAAUGCAUUUAACAAACACCACUCAGCUUGCUAGCUCGGGUGUGCGGGGUGCAGUGGUUGGAAUUGCAAAUCCUACGGUUAACAAUGGUCUGGUUCAGAAUGGUGGGCUACAGAGUGGAGGAAUGGCCAUGAUUGGUUUGGGAACUGGGGCUGUUUUGGGUGCCUCUGGAUCUCCUGCAAGCCACAUAUCUUCUGAUGUAAUUGGGAAGAGUAAUGUGAACACAUCUUCAUUAUCGCCUGCUCCUUAUGUGUUUAAUGGAAGCCAGCGGGGAAGAAAACCCGGUGCACUGGAGAAAGUAGUAGAGAGAAGGCAGAGAAGGAUGAUUAAAAACAGAGAAUCAGCUGCAAGAUCACGAGCUCGUAAGCAGGCUUAUACCUUGGAACUUGAAAUGGAAGUUGCAAAACUGAAAGAGGCGAAUGAAGAAUUGCAGAAGAAACAGGCGGAUAUGGAAGUCCAGAAAAAUCAGAUCUUGGAGACAAUUCGGCAAAGGGGAGGUAAAAGACUGUGCUUGAGAAGAACACUAACAGGCCCUUGGUAGAGUAAAUUAAAUAAUCUGUGGAGCUAAUGACAAAGCAUGGGUACACAAACCUGGCCCUUUCCUAGGUAUAAGGAUUGGGUGCUAAAUCUUUGGUAGGGGUAAUAAUGCUUUUCCACAAAGGGUAGACAGCUUGACUGUAUAGAAGCUAAAAGUGGGUGUGCUGUAAAUGAUCAGAGGGUAGUUUGAUCCCGUAGAUUAAACCUUUUGGUUGUGUGUUGUUUGCUUCUCAUUUUAUAAGCCAGGGCACCCAGGCUAGUUAAAAACAGAGUAUGGGUCCAGUUUGCACCCUGGGCUGGUUACUUGAGAAGUUGUUAAAUUUCCAACUGUUGUCCACAAUCUAGCGUGUACUCUGCAUUUUAUGUAAAGCUAAUUUAUUAGCUUAGGUAAUCAGAUGUAUGACAUGCCCUUUUUAGGCCUUGAAUUAGAAGUUUUAUUUUUUGCU